AUGGGUGACGAUCUAAAUAAUACCGUGAUUGGUAUCACAAAUGAACUGAUCGAUGGUUCCAAUACAGAUGUAGAUUCUAUGCAACAAAGAAAAGCAUCGAUUGUUAAAACAAGAAAAAGAAUGUCUAUUUUAAAACUAAAAGAGAUUUCAGAGGCAAAGAAGAAGCAGAGGAAUCCAGUGAUGACUUCUCAGACAAAGUUCAACUUGGAUCAACGUCCAACCCCAAAGUUUAAUCCACAUGUAGUCAAUAACACUGCCAGUGGAAACAAGAGUAAUCGUUCGUCUUGCAAGCUAUCCAAGCCAGAUUUCGAUAAGCUUCACGAAGAGGAAUUCAAGAAGUUUCAAUCAAUCACUGACUACGAUGCCAAGAAAAAGGCAGAGAUGUGGGCAAAACUUGGAUUUGCAAAUAUGCCACAUCUCUCAGCAUCCAACACCAACACCUCUUCCAUUACAGUUUCCAAUAAUUUACCAGUGUUAGAAUCUGAGAGCAUCGACAACAAUGACAAUCAAGAGAAUGAUAUACAACCAACUGACGAUGACGAUGCAAUGGACAUUGACCAAACAGAAAGCAAUAUGGUUAAACUUAAGCUAAGUGAUACUCCACCAAAGCAACCAGACAAUAUAAAGACAACAACAACUACUACUACCACCACUAUAAACACAAUAUCAACUUCUUCCACCGGAUCAAGAUUAAGAUCAAACUCAACAACAUUGAGAACACCAACAAAGUCAAGCAGCACCACUCCAUCACUUUCAUCCACUCAAUCCAUUACACCAAAGAAAACAACAACCACAACAACUACUACUACCCAACCAGAGUCACGUCUAAAAACACCAAUUAAAUCUUAUAAAUCAACAAUAACAACCACUUCUUCUUCAACAUCUUCAACCAAUAAUACAGUUUUAUCAACUCCUAAUCCAACAACAAUUAAACCAUCUAUUUUAUCAACGCCAUCUACUCAUACUAAUAAUUCUGUAAAUAGUAAUAGUACUAAACCACUUUCAACACCAAUACAAUCUUCAUCAUCAUCAACAUCCACCCUACUACCUACAUUUAAUGCAACUACUACAGCAAUCGCCAAACCAACCUCUGCUAAAAAAUCAACUAUUCCAAAUCCUUUUAGUUUCGCAACAUCUUCGAGAUCUAAUGUAACAAAUUCUGCGUCCAAAGCAAAUAGUAAUACUAUACCAACAAAGAAAUCAUUGAAAAAGAGUAUAAGCUCAAAUUCAUUGGCAUCAACUAUUUCUUCAACCAUCUUCAAACCAUUGCUUUCACUGACAAAAUCGAAAUCAAAGGACAAAGAACAACCUCCAGUGUCGACCAAUACAACAACUAAGUCUUUGAGUUCAAGCGAGCCAAGCAUCCUCAAGGACAACCAAAACGUCACAAACAAUCCAGCUAAUCUAAACUCAACACCUCUUUCAAAAUCAUCCUCAACUUUAUCAGCAUCCAAGUCCAAAACUACAACUUCAUCGUCGUCGUCAUCGAAACUAUCGAGCACCAUCCGCACAACUUCAAAGCCAAUAUGGAAGUUCAACAGUUUUGCUGUCUUACUGUCACUUAAGACAUAA